UCUCUCUCCCUAAAAAAAAAAAAAAAAAUUCCUUUUAUUAUAUUUCUCUCUCUUCCCCUCUCUCUAUCUCUCCCCUUUCUCUCCUUGACAGCACGAUCGACAGCGCUCGGAUCGAAUUCCGACCAGAGAAACAAAACCCUAAAAUCUCUCCAUCUCCCUCCAAUUUCAAUUCCCCCCAAACCCAAAAAAAAAAAAAAAAAAAAAAACCCACAAAAGCUUUUUGCUUUUUCUGCAAGAAUUCGAUACCAAAGCAAAACGCACACUUCGUUCUUCGCCGUCGAUUGCGUUCGUCCCCAAAAAAACACUAGGGUUUUUAUCGCCGUCGUAAUAAUCACCUCGAUUAUUUUCCGUUUCGUUUCGUCGCCGAUUCAGAGAGAGAGAGAGAGAGAGAGAGAGAGAGAGAUUGGGUUUAGGUUGUGUGUGUAUAUACAAUGGCCUUGAACUUUUCGCAUCGACCAAUCUUUCCGGCGCAUCUGGCUGAGGACAAUUUGGUUGCGCCAAUGAGGAUUGCUAAUGGGUAUCUUGUUGAGGGAGUUUCGGAGAGGAAUGGAGAUGGGUUUGGGAGGUCGUGGAUUUCUAGCCGGGAUGUUGAGGAUCGGUUUGAUUAUGGAAGGGAUAGGUGUGAUAGGAGUGGGUCGCAGGAGUCUGUUUCGAAUGAUGUUCUUGAUCUGUUGCCUUCGGAUCCGUUUGGUAUGGACAUAAGUACCACUUUUACGGCCAUCACGGGUUGGCUGGAGGACUUUCAAGCUGAUUAUGGUGGGUAUGGCGGGAAUGAGGUUGGGACAAGUGAUGGGAGUUAUCAGUUAUUCGCGGGGUUGAAUUUUAUUUGGAAUAAUGCUUUGAAGUACCAGAGUUUUUCGGGGAAUAUGGGGGUUGAUUAUAGGUUUGAUGUAGCGGGUGGAAUUGGGGGGUGUUCUGGGAAGAUGGAAGUUGGUGAUACAUCUUGCCGUGGUGGUUUUGGAUCAGAUUGUAACGUGGAUGGUAUUCUGGGUUUGGGCAAUGAAACUCCGGGAGUUUCUGGCCAACAAAGUGAAGCUUGUCCUAAAGGUAAUGGGAUUUGUUCUGUUGGAGAUAGCGGAGCUCCUCAUGGGGCUUUGAAUUUUGCCCUUGGUUAUCUGGGUUUGCGGGAUCUUCUUGUUGUUGAAACUGUUUGCAGAUCUCUUCGUUCUACGGUUCGAGGCGACCCUCUUUUGUGGAGGAGUGUACACAUUGAUCAACCUUUGAAUGAGAAGAUUACUGAUGAAGUUCUUUUGCAAUUGACUAAUAGGGCUCAAGGUAGUCUUCAAUGCCUGAGCCUGGUGGAGUGCCCAAGGAUCACUGAUGAUGGUCUAAAACGUGUGCUUGAUAGUAACCCUAGGCUAACCAAGUUGAGUGUGCCUGGGUGUACAAGACUCAGCAUUGAGGGUAUUGUGAGUUGUCUAAAGGCUUUCAAGUCUGUGGGCACUCUAGGAGUGAAGCAUUUACGAAUUGGUGGACUUUAUGGUGUAACACAAAAGCAUUUUGAAGAUUUGAAGUUUUUGUUGGGCAUGAAUGAUAAUAUGCAGCAGAAUGCCCGCAAGCCACAUUUCUAUCACAGAGGAAAUUUUUAUCUGUCCUGUGAUGAUGAUCGUUCGAUUGAUAUUGAAAUGUGCCCAAGAUGUCAGAACAUGAGGCUUGUUUAUGAUUGCCCGGCUCAGGGUUGUCAAGGGAAAGAGCAUGCAACUCAGGUAUGCAGGGCAUGCACGCUUUGCAUACCACGGUGUGUGCAGUGUGGUCGGUGCAUUAAUGACAGUGAAUAUGAGGAAACAUUUUGUUUGGAGUUGCUUUGCUCAGAUUGUUUGAACCAGCUACCAAAGUGUCAGGAGAGGCAUGAUAGAAAGUUUGGCCCCUCUAAGCCUGCUCUUCUAUAUGAACAGAGUCAUAGCUUUUCUCUUCAUGGCUAGAGAUGGAUAUCUGUGUAUGUCUGCUGGUUUCACAUUGUGGAUGAGAUAUAGCAAGAGUGGUCAUCUGGAUUGCUAUCAUGAAUAUAUGUAAGGCAGCUUAGAAGAGUAUGUUUCCAUUUCUUUCUCAGUAUGUCCUGAGUCAGUUGACUGUCGGGUUCUGCCUGUGGGUGGACUUCAACGUUGGCUGGAUGCAUUUGGUAUAUUCUGAGUAUGGAGUUAAUGUCUGUAUUGAUAUGGAGGGAAAGGGUGAAAAAAGAAAAAGGAAAGAAAUAAAUAGAAAAUGUAAAGAAUAUUAUGAAGAAAUUCUCUGCAUGAAUUCCAAGAUGAUCUUAUUGUUGUAGGUGGUUCUCGUGAAUAAAUCUAAUUAGUGCAUUGAUUUGUACUUGGAUAUUCAGAAGUGUCAGUGAGUAGGUGCAGAAGUGGGAUUUGAUAUUUCAGCGCCGUCUUGCAGGAGUACGAGAUGUUGUAGAGAACAAAGUAAAAAGAAAGAUGACUCGUCUGUUAUAUGAUAUUGGUAGUCAUUCUUCAAUAACUUGUAUGCUGCAUCGGGGAAGGAAGCAGUGAUAUUUAUCUGAUAGCAGUGAAAUGGGAUGUCCUUUUGGUCUCAGUCACCCAAGGAUGUUUAAUGGUUAUUCUUCCUGCCAUUCUUAUGUAUGUGAUACAGACCGUUGUUGGAGCUGUAUUUUCUGUGACAAACGGCUAUGAAUAAUGGAGCCUCUUUUUUGCAGGAGGAUAUCUCUUGUUUGAGCUGGGAAGUCUUAACAAACUGUGUGCUUUGGUCUCUAAUAUAUCUCCAUUCUCAUUUAUUAUUAUUUUCUGGCUCCUAGUCCUGGGUUUCCUUCCUCGAUUGUAGAAGUAACGGUUAAUUUUUUCCUUCCACGGUGAUUGUUAUUUUUCAUUACAGAUGGCCAUUGUACUUUAUGUUUCUUCCCAUUGGAUGAAGAUUUUUGUCGGGCUCAGUUAUAGUUGUCAAACUGUGUAAGUUUAGAUUCUCAUGCCAAAAGUGCUCUUGUUUCUUUCUCUUGAAAGAUGUCAGUUUUUGGCAUGUAGCUAGAAGAAGUAUUGAACACUAGUCAUUUAUUAAAUUGAAUGUUUAACAAUUCUACUUAAGCAAUAAGCAUCUA